UCCCAUUUCCAUACCUAUUAGGAGUGGUUCAGCAGCGAUUGGAAGGACUUGGAACUUUAGAGGGGUAGUUCUUUAGAGUCAUCCUCCUCUCGCUAUAGACUCCUUAGCUCGGCUCUCUCAGACUCGCUAUUGCUUUGAUCCCCUCCUUAACAACAGUUAACGUCAUCGCAUAGCCCUCUGAAGGAGAGUUUUGUCUAGAAGCGUGAAGAGUUGGAGCUCUCAGAGGGCUACAUUGUAGGAACAGCAAGCAGCAUCCACGGAGCCUCACUCACUCCUAACAAGAAGCACCUCUUUUGAUUAUUUAUUCAGCUCAGAAAACGCAAGCUACUACCGCAAAAGAUAUGGAACACCAGCUGCUGUGCUGUGAAGUGGAAACCAUCAGAAGAGCUUACCAAGACGCCAACUUACUAAAUGAUCGAGUUCUACAGACAAUGCUCAAAGCAGAGGAAAAUUACCUUCCGUCUCCGAAUUACUUCAAGUGUGUCCAGAAAGAAAUAAUACCUAAAAUGAGGAAAAUUGUGGCUACAUGGAUGUUAGAGGUCUGCGAGGAACAGAAAUGCGAAGAGGAGGUUUUUCCCCUGGCUAUGAACUACUUGGAUAGAUUUUUGUCUGUGGAGCUCACAAAUAAAACCAGAUUACAACUCCUGGGAGCUACUUGUAUGUUUUUGGCCUCAAAGAUGAAGGAAACGGUCCCUUUAACUGCAGAGAAGUUGUGCAUUUACACCGACAACUCCAUCCGGCCCAGCGAUCUAUUGCAAAUGGAACUACUGACUCUAAACAAGUUGAAAUGGGAUCUAGCAUCAGUAACACCGCACGAUUUCAUAGACCAUUUCCUCUCCAAGCUACCAGUCCAUCAGAACACGAAGCAGAUUCUGCGCAAGCAUGCCCAGACAUUCGUGGCUCUCUGUGCAACAGAUGUCAAAUUCAUCGCCAACCCUCCCUCCAUGAUCGCAGCGGGCAGUGUGGCAGCAGCGGUCCAGGGGCUGUACCUAAAGAGCAAAGACGGUGCACUGUCAUCCCAGAACCUAACCAACUUUCUGUCCCAAGUCAUCAGGAGUGACCCGGACUGCCUGAGGUCGUGUCAGGAACAGAUUGAGUCUCUGCUUGAGUCUAGUCUGAGACAGGCACAGCAACAUAAUGUCUCCACAGAAACAAAAAUGGUAGAUGAGGAUGUGGACCUGUCCUGCACCCCUACAGAUGUGAGGGACAUUAACAUUUGAGUGGCAUCCUCUGCAUUUUUUGGGAAAUAUCUUUGAGGCUCUGGCCUUACUAAGAGGCCAUCUGGGAAAAGAGGACACCAGCGCACCCUUGAGUCGUCACCCUCUGAACACCCUCUGGCAAAUGCUUUUGUGCCACACCUGUUACGGUGCCCCGGCCUGUAUGGCCUCCCAGUGACGUGUGGCCGCCCUCAGCCAGGGCUGUCAAGAAAGGACUGAACACCUCACUUUUCUGAGGCCACCAGUCAUAUUCCCUCUCACUCUCCCAUCCUGUCCAGCUCAAGACCUAGACAAGGAUGAUAGGAAGAUACACAACUAUAUUGAUGAAACAAAAACAUUAUAGUUUAUGUGCAAGAUUAAGCCACAGAAAUAUACAUGGUUACCACCCAAUGUUGAACUAGGAUUUUUAAAUACCAUAGACUGACUUUACAUGCUUACUUAACAUUCAAAAUAACAAGUAGGUAUUUUUAGUCUGUCUUUGUCUAGGUUUUUAUUUGAAGUAUAAAUUCAUUUAUUAAAGAGAAGGGGCAUUUUUGUUCUCUAAUAGGCAUUUUGCUUGCCAUCAAAGUUCCCGUUUUAGUUUUUUUGCAUCUAGGCAUCUGUGUAUCCCUGCUUGCUUAUGCGGUUAGUCACUUUAUUAUAUUGUCUAGACUUCUAAAGAAAUUUUGAGCCCCUAGUUUUGGCCUCUUCUCUUUUUAACUGGGUUGUAUAACUCAACAGUAUACUUUUAGUAUAUAUUGCUCUGUUUUUAUCGUUUAGAUGAUUGUGGAUUGCUGGUGCUGAAGUUUGGCAAAUAAGUUCAUUCAAUAUAAGGACAUUUACUUUAUAUUCCAUUAGGAGUAAAUUGAAUGAACCAGCAUUGUUUGGCUGUUGAUUUGACUUAUUGCCACAAAUGUACAUAUUUCAACAGCUAUGACAUGAUAAACUAAAACCUAGCAUUAAUUGCAAACCUUUACCAUGCAAUCCACAGCUGAAUUUUUUUGUGGUUAUAUCUUUCUAAUACCAUUCCAUUUUUAAAAGCACUUUUAGUCAGUUUUUUUCUGACUCAUAAAAAAUCACAUUGAAAAAAAAAUGGAAUGGAGUGGAGCAGGUAUCUUUUUAACUAUGGUGUUGUGUGUUACAAUUUUGGGUACAAGUCAACGCAGCCCAGCAGCGAUCCCGUGUCCCCUUGAUGUAGAAGGGUAUUAUUUUGGAGAUUGUUAUGCCACAGUUCUUACAGGAGGGGUCUAGUGUGAGACGAGCAUUGGGUGUGGCAUGUUUCAGCAUCCUGUAUCCCAUCGCUUGAACGGCAUCCAGAGCAUUUGAAACACUAAAGUAUCAAACUUGAAAGCUCAAACAAAGAUUUAGGUUGUUUAUUAUUGCAGAUUUUCCUAUUGGAGCCAGUACAGAGUAGAAACAGGAUGCCAAAGUCUGUCUCUAUGUAACAUUUUGUACACAAGUAUUUACCAUAGUGCUUAACACAUGCCUGCCCUACAAAUCAUGUAUGACAGUGUUUUCUCAAUGCAAAACUGAAAGAAAACACCAUAGUUAAAAUGCUGUUUAGAAUGUGUAGUUGAGGGGAUAAAAAUACAAAAAAAUGGUUUUGGUUUAGGGAUGAUUUUGCACAAACCUGAAGACUUAGGCUGUGUUUUUGUUUGCUUGCCUAAGAUAAGAGGGAAGGGUAACGUUGAAAAGUGGGAGUGGGGGAAAAAGGGAGGCAAAAAGGGUGACGGCAUGUUUUUGUUGACUUGCUGAAUUAAGGUGUUUGACUGUACAUUGAGAAAAAGAUGAGAACAGGAUAACGGAAGAGCACACUCCUCCUUUUGAGCUGCUAUGGAAGAAUUCCCAGCAAAGUGUACAACAAAAUGAAAAACAACAAGAAAAAAACUGCUUUUUCUCCUAUUGUUUGCUGCUAUUAUUUUUUAAUAUACAUAUAAAUGUUGAUAUACUGCCAUGUAAUAGGUCUAAUUUUCUAUGAGAUUUUUUUUUUGGACAUCUUAUAGUUGUCAUCAGUUUUUACUUUGAUUUCAGUGCUAUUCCAAAAACAGUAAAAAUGAGACAAUAGACAUGGUUUUUAUCAACAAUACCUCAUAUUACAGUCAAGACUUAUCUUUAAUCUUUUUUUUUCUUUUUUUUUUACUAGUUUGUUCAGUGGCUGACAGUCCUGUUUAAACUGCUAAUGGUAAUGCAUUGAUCAUUACCCAAAUGGGUCCUGAUGUGAGCAAGUAAUCUGGAUUGUAUAACUCUUUUGAGUGUUAAGCUGUCUCAUUGAGAGUCUUUAUCCCCUUUAGGCUCCUGAAGGCCCUCCUAUUUUAUAUUUAUAAAACAUUUGCUCGAGUUCAAGCCCGUAAUGAGUUUGAGUUUGUUAAAUACCAAGCCAUAGAAUUACUUUCAAAUCAUCAUGCCGUUAUUCCACACAGUUCAGUUCAUGCUAUUCGAGAUAUCUUGUCCUCCCAAGAAGCAUAGCAUAUUUAUGUCAACUGCACAAUAAAUGGUAAAUAGAUUUAAAUCUUGUAACACUGCAGUUUUUUUCUUAACUGAACCGCUACUGGUACAUUGAAGCCAAAAUAAUGGGCUACUGAUAUUGUUGGCACACUUCCAUUUGACCCAGACAUCCUUCAAUCAGAGUUAAUGAGUGUGAGAGCCAACAGUGGUUCACUUAGCCAUAGACAUGAUGCUGCUAUAUGUUCUGGUUGUAGAUGUGAGGUAGGCCUAGUAUUUGACAAAUUAUGUUGCUGCUCAAAUUUCUACUCGCUAACACAGGACCCAGGAUGGAAUUAUUGUUUUUCUGUCUAGUGUAAGAAAUACUCGUUACCUCAAAUGGAGAAAAAAAAUACAUGUUGAUGCCCCUGUGAGAUGACAUUACAUAUUUAUGUCAUAUUAAAAAAGUGCUGUUAGUAAUUUAAAAAAAAUCUUUGUCCAAACAGAAUGUGCUACAGUGCCCCCCCCCCCCAAAAAAGCUAAAAUUGUCAGCUUUUUACCAUUGCUUCUAUUGUUAAUGAUUGGUCGGGUAGGUCGCCCCUCUUACUGAACUGUUGUUCCAGGAUCUGUGUUCAUUGCAAUGGGUCAAAGGUCAUCUGGGGUCCAAGAAAAUAAAGCAAAGAUUCUGAAAUGUC